CUCGACGAUAAACCACCAAUCUUCCACGAUGUCAUCCACCACGUCUUCCACGAUGUCUUCCACGAUGUCUUCCACGAUGUCUUCCACCAUGACUUCCACCAAGUCAACCCCCCCCUCAUCAGUCUGUUCCACCAGAGAAGUGACCCUAACCGGCCGCAUCCGCGGCCUGCCCAACCCCAAGCGCCACGAGCUCCUAACCAGAGACUACGGCUCCAUCGCCGUCCGCGGCCCGGACGGCAAGAUCCAGAUCCUCAAGCCCGACGUCCCGCUCAAGCUCGUCCUCCACCUCGCCCCGAAGCUGCGCGGCUACUGGGUGCGCACCACCACCCGCGGCGACCUGGUCCUCUUCGACCAUAACCUCCGCAACCUGCCCGUCGCGCGCCUGCGCGCCGACGCCGUGCACCGCGUCGUCGACGGCAUGGUGGACCACGUGCGCGACGGGACGCCGCACGCCGUGCCGUUCGCGGGAGAUGUCGAGGGCAUGAUUGGGGUUUUCUAUGCGCUGCGCGUGUUUGGCAUGGCGGGGACGGCGGACCAGUUUCGGGCGCAGAUUGGAAGGAUGCUGCGACGGAAGUUUGGGCGGAUGCGCAGGGAUAAGGGUGGGUUCCGUGGGUACCUUGAGUCGCUGGAUGGGAUGUGCGACCCGAAGGAUGCGUUGCUGGACGAGGGGUAUGAGUGCCUUUAUCAGAAGAAGCGUUAGGGGGAGGAGAGGAUGGAUAUCUUUUUUGGGGUGAUUUGUGCUCGACAAGAGGAGUUGGGAUAAGACUCGUCGGAGGAAAGGGACUCUUGUGGUUGGAUCAUUUGCACG